UAGGGAAAAAAGGGUUGGAAGACGAAGGUGGCAUGGCGGAUGUUGUUGAGUGGUUGAGGCGCGACGUGGGGUAAGAAGAAUGAGGCUCCUGUCGCUGUACAGGGGAAGAGGAGUGGUGGAGUGCACGAGCAGGAGCGUGAGCAUAGGUCGUGAGGAGGAGGAGAGAGGGGUGAGGUUUGCGGCGGGGGAAGGGUUCUUUAGAAAGGAGAGCAGAGAUGGGAGAGACCUGGGGGUUUUGGCGGCCGCUGUUUACAGGAGGAAAACGGGGAGGUUGCGAGUGAUGGAUGCCAUGUGCGGGUGCGGAGUUCGAGCGCUGCGUUACCUGGCACAAGCUAACGCCGACUUUGUGUGGGCCAACGAUGCGAAUGAGGAUACAUGCUCUACCAUCCUUUCCAAUCUCUCAAACAUUCCCACAUCUAAGUGGUUCCUCUCUCACGAGGAUGCCAACAGACUUAUGUGCCAGCGUUAUCUUCUCCAUGACUACUAUGAUUUAAUUGACAUCGACUCUUUUGGUAGCGCUUCUUCCUUCUUCGCUUCCGCCCUUUCGGCCAUCCGCCACGACGGCCUUCUCUAUUUAACUUCUACUGAUGGCUUUUCUUCUGGUGGUCAUCGUCCUCACAAUGCGUUGACCUCAUAUGGGGCCUUUAUAAGGCCCAUGCCAUAUGCCAACGAGAUUGGUUUGCGUAUGCUGAUAGGAGGAGCUGUGCGAGAAGCUGCUACAAGGAACAUGAAUGCAAGGCCUGUAUUUUCAUUGUUUUCCUAUCAUGGACCAGUAUUCAGAGUAAUGCUUCAAGUGGCUCAUGGAAAGCCUCUGAAAAAUAGACAUUAUGGAUUCAUCAGCUAUUGCAGGAUUUGUGGAGAUUCACAUGCAUUUUCUUGGGAAAAUAUGGGUCAAAUUUUUUGCCCUUGCUCUGAAAGAAAGGAUAAGUCACACUCGUUGGUUGUUUCGGGGCCCUUGUGGAUCGGACCUCUUCACAGUGGCAUCGAGAUUCAUGAAAUGUUAGAAUUAGCAGAGGAAUGGGGCUGGACAAUGAAAGAAAAAUGUUCCUCCACUGGUAAAAAUGCAGACUUGAAAAAACUACUUACAAUUAUGUUAGAAGAAAGCACUCCAGGGUUACCAUUCGGGUACAUUAAACUAGAUGAGAUAGCACGUCGAGGAAAAAUAAAUAGUCCUCGUAGGGAUGUAUUGAUUGAUAAUUUAAAGAAGGAGGGGUAUGUUGCAAGUCGAUCACAUAUUGCAGCAAAUGUAAUCAAGACCAAUUGCCCAAUUAGAGAUUGCAUUAAAAUAGCUAACAUUCACUAAUUCUUGUAAUUACACUAUAAGAAUCUUGUCAUAAGAAAAACAUGAUAAUUCCUAUGGUUUGAUAAUGAUAUGCAAUUUUUUUAUCAUAUACCUUUCUUGAGUUAUUGUGAUAUCCUCAAUUAUUAACCUCUACGAUUUAUUAUUCCUUGAUUUGCCUCAUUAUAAUUUGGAUGUAGAUAUUUUAUUUGUUACAUGGCUACUA